CAAACUGUGCCCCUCACGUCUCACACAUUGACCCCUCAUACAACCAUACUGGGCUCUCAUUGUUGUAUCGAACGAAAAUAUCGCUUUCUAAAGCCUCUUUUGCGAUCCAAUCGACCGCAAAUGACACCACCGACACACCUCGACCCCUCCUCUCUUGGUACCCGCGAAUAUUGGGACUCAGCAUACACGACCGAGCGAGCGAACUUUAGCGCAAACACCGACGAUGAGGGAACUAUAUGGUUCAGCGACGCCGGCGCAGAAGAAAGAAUGUGCGGAUUCCUCGAAGAUCUAGCGGAAGAGGGGGAGCUGGUCAAAGGGGAUUCUUCUGACUCUGAGGAGGACUCCAAUGUACAAGCAAAGACCCGAUUUCUGGAUCUCGGUACUGGAAAUGGACAUUUGCUGUUCAGUUUACGUGAGGACGGCUGGGAAGGGGAGCUGGUUGGCGUGGACUACUCCGCACAAUCGAUUCGACUAGCCUCCGAAAUUCUCGCGUCCAAAUCGCAAGACUCUCAGGCCAAUAUCUCUUUCUUCGAAUUCGAUAUUUUGGCACCGCUGUCACCGCCGCCUACCUGGCUCGCCGAAGGCUUCGAUGUGGUUCUCGACAAGGGCACAUUCGAUGCUAUCUCACUAUCCGAUGAGAAGGAUACACAGGGCCGUAGGAUCGUGGAAGGGUACAGAGAGAGCGUUGAGCGCCUGGUCAAGACUGGAGGUAGAUUUUUGAUCACGAGCUGUAACUGGACAGAAGAAGAAUUGAGAGCGUGGUUGGAAGGUGAAGAAAGUCUAUUUAUGUAUGAAGAUAAGGUCAAGUAUCCGAGUUUCACCUUUGGAGGUAAAACGGGGAGCAGUGUUUGUACGAUUUGCUUUCGAAGACGAUGA